AUGGCCGCGAACCCGUUCGAAACACCUCAACUCGGCACCGAACUCUUCGACCUCUAUCAUGAAAACGCCGCAAUCGUGCGCACCGCCAUUCCACAGCUCCCUAGCGGCGGAUGCAACUUUGUGGACUUGACGCCCGGCGCCGGCGGAGCGCGAUGCGGCUGUCGUCGCUUCUGGUCCUUUCAAUCUACAGGUAGCCCCAUCGUGGAUCAGGUCGGAUGGUGCAUGUGCAACCAUCAUGCGUGUUUCCAUGAUGAGCGUCCUCGAGACCAGCCACAGCCGGCAGAGAGGAUGCCAACUCCCAACACCGGACUCGACAUUGAAAAACUACAGUCUAGGCAACGACUAGACCCCUUGAGCCCGACGACGGGCCUCAUCUCACCUAGGGAAGCAACUGCAGUGCUUGGACCCGAACUUGUCAGCUUCACUGGAGCUCCCCCGUUAUCCUUUCUCCAGAAAUCUUUCAAUGGCCCUUUUGAUACUCUAGCUGCCGUUCCCACGCCCCAGCAGGCGCCCAAUUCAAUGCCGGAUACAAUGGCCUGGACUGAUAUCGCGCACCCAACCCAACCAAAUGCCAGUGGUACACUACCACCUAUUCCUCCUCAAUGCCUCAUGUCCCAGACGGCCUCGACGACUUCAUCCAUGCGAACCAGGUACCUCAGGCCCUUUGCAGGCAGAGGCUUGCAGACUCUCAGCAACAAUAGUCCGGCCGGAGUGCCACAGCAAUCCAAUUAUCAGACUGCUCUGCAGGGAUCUCCCACCCAGCAGAAGACAGCGAGCGUCGAGGAGACCUUUGUCUUCGUAACUGCUGAUGAGGAAUCACCCUCAAGGCCGAACACAGCUACGACCCAAAUCGAGCCCCGGGUUGCAGCGGCAGUGGAGGCUAUCCCUCGCGAGACGUUAAAGAACCUCACAGACACUGUUGGUGCCCACGCGCAACGGCUUGAUAGGUUGGAGACCGUCUCCUUCUCCAGCAACGCCCACGAAGAGUGUCAAGACAAGUAUGAACACAUGGACCUUCGUGUCACCGAGUUGGAGAGCAAAGUUGAAGACAUUGAGAAGCGUGUCCUUGAUGACAAUGCGAGUCUCCGUCACGAUCGCCAGGACGAUGCUGCCACCCCCAGCGUGGUUUCGGUCAGCUCCAGUGCUGCCAACCGACCAAGCUACUCGCAGGAAGUAUACAGUCAGCUCCAGUCGCUACAAGCCCAGGUCGACCAACUUCAAUCCAUCAUCCCUUCUUGGAACAAUCCGUGGGAGAUUGAAGUUGUCUUUCUUCCCUUUCCUCUCAAACGGGUCUGGCAGCAUAUCCAUCAAUUUAAGACAGACCCCAAUACCGAAAACGGAGAGGAAUGGACUCAGCUCCCCAUGACACUGAGCACGUCCACGCCCAGAGCUCAAUCUCCAUUUUUGAGCGAAUGGUCCACGCAUGACCACGACAGGGAAUGGCUGUUCCCUAGGGCCUGUGGUAACAAGAGCGUUGCCGACGAGCGCCUGAGGAGCCGCGGGCUGGUGAAAAGGAUAUCAAUAAAGUCGCCAGAUGCAAGGAGCGUUAGCAUGGCGAUGUUAGCUGCCUUUGGAAAUGUAUUCCGUGAUAUGCAGAUGCACACAAGACCUCGAAGCCCCGGCCUGAGGGGGCCCAAGUUCAUGGGCCUGCAAUCUUCAUGGGUCCCUCUUCGCAAGAUCCACAAAGAUUCACGACUACGAUUCCUUAGCCCCGACGAAAUGAUGACUCCAGCAUUGUGGGAUGUGCAGUUUCUGACUUCAGUCAUGAUGAAGGCAUCAGAACCUAGAUUGUUCGUUACCCAUCCUGACGCAUACCUCCAGGACUAUCAAGCAUAUGACUCGGCCUGGACAUGGCAGAGGCUAAAGGACGUGCCACCGGCGUAUCCUGACGUUACAGAGUCGCAAGAAGUGCCCGAGGCGGAGUCCCCUGAAGAGUGUUGGGCGUGGAAUGAUCUGCUUGAUGAAUUAAAGAACGCGCAACCCCCCAACAGAAACCACCGCCAGGUGUCAAUAUCGCGCUCAGUGGAAUACUUCUCUGCCAGUCCUUCGUGGCGAGCGACCAGCCCAGCUGCAGCUGCCCGCCUCCAGAGAUCGAUAACAAGGAGUCGAGAGUCGUCGGAGCCACCGUUUAUCAGGGGAAGCUCGGCAACUAUAAAUUCCACUAUUAUCCAGAGCGCAAAUCCCAGGCAGCGACUCUCAUCCCGCGGACACAGUCGGCGGCCCUCACCGAGCAUCCAUGCCUUGCCUCAGGCUGGCGUUAUGAAGAGGCGCCGGGAUCGGUCACCUAGCUAUCCUCGGUUCACUCCGAGGAGGACCGCAUCGCCAAUUUCCGCAUCUAUCCCCUAUCAGGACCGGCAAUUUGAUCGGGGAAUAACUCCUGGACGCAGCAUAACUCCUGCUCGGGGCACUACCCCAGGUGGUGGUUAUGCUACGCCGUACAGCAUCGCUCCCCUUCAGGAAGUCCAAAUGGAAGGAGGAAGCAGCGUUCAUGAAUCGCCACACCCGUCUGACGACGGUGAUGACGAGGACGAUGAUAUUGAUAUCCCGAUUUACGAGAGCAGCGGCUCUGACCAGUCCUUUAAUGAUGGCGACGACGAUAAAUCCAUCAUCGCCAGCGCGCAGCCAGCUGCUCGGCCCCAUCCCGCUCUUCGGAGUAGCUCCCCCACGUGGCAGAUGCGGGAUGUACCUUGGCCUUCCAUCCAAGAUCAUGGCGAUACCCACCGUUCGGAUGGCGAGAAUGUCGACCCCAACGUCAUGGAUGUUGAGCACGAGACUGACAACAGCAGUCAGCCGUCUGAGUAUCCGAGCACGCAAAAGGCGUGGCCGGGCCAGCGCGAGGACGCAUCAUCGGAGUUUAGCAUCCACCAAGACGAGGAUCAUUGA